CUCCGGAAGGAAGGUUCUACAGUCCACGGUAGCCAGGCUACACCACGGACCUACCGUUUUGCGCAAUACCGAACCGACAGACCGAGAGAGAGAGCUUUACCAUACAUUUUUGUACCGGAUACAGUUUCUAUUCUGUUGUCGUUAAACCGAUUGGAAGACGUGUUGUCUGGUGCUACAAAGGCGUUGUCAGCAUGUUUUCCAAUCAUUAUUAGCUGGAAGAAGGAGGCAUCUUAGGUCACGUGUCCUUCUACUGUCGCGUCUGGAUGGAAGAGCAGUGUGAUUCGCCAUGACGACUGAAUCAGGAGCCGACUCUGAGCCCAAGCAGCAGGGGAAAGGAGGGAAGGAGAAAGGAGGGAAGGAGAAAGGAGGGAAGGAGAAGACAGCGGAACACUUCCCAGCCGCCGCGGGACACAGCACACCUGCCAGGAAUAACCAGUUUGAGGAGGACCUGUCGUCAACCAGGUCGUCAACCAGUCGCCUGUCAAUCAAGUCUCCACUGAGGGGAGUCAGGAAGCUGAAGAACAUGCAGUGUAAAAUCACCCUUCUAGAUGGCUCCGACUACACCAUGACGGUGGAUAAACGAGCCAGAGGCCAGCUGCUGUUUGCCAAGGUGUGUGACCAUCUGAACCUGCUGGAGACGGACUACUUUGGCAUCACGUACCGCGACGUGGAGAACCAGAAGAACUGGCUUGACCCGAACAAGGAACUGAAGAAGCAGAUAAGGAGUGGCCCCUGGAACUUUGGCUUCAACGUCAAGUUCUACCCCCCAGAUCCUGCCCAGCUGUCUGAAGACAUCACCAGGUACUACCUGUGUCUCCAGCUGCGUGAUGACAUGGUGUCUGGUCGUCUCCCCUGUUCCUUCACCACCCACACCAUACUGGGCUCCUACACGGUUCAGUCAGAGCUGGGGGACUACGACCCCGAGGAGACCGAGUACAACAGUGAGCUCCGCUUCGCUCCGAACCACACCAAGGAACUAGAAGAUAAGGUCAUGGACCUACACAAGAACUACAAAGGGAUGACCCCAGCUGAAGCAGAGUUACACUUCCUGGAGAAUGCCAAGAAACUGUCCAUGUAUGGAGUAGACCUGCAUCACGCCAAGUUGGUGGGAAGCCUGUUUGAGUGUUUGGCUCCAGCUAAAGGGGAGGACUCUGAAGGCGUAGAGAUCAUGCUAGGCGUGUGUUCCAGUGGUCUGCUCAUCUACAGAGACAGACUGAGAAUCAACAGGUUUGCCUGGCCCAAGGUCCUCAAGAUCUCCUACAAGAGAAACAACUUCUACAUCAAGAUACGCCCCGGAGAGUUUGAGCAGUUCGAGAGCACGAUUGGCUUCAAGCUCCCUAACCACCGUGCAGCCAAAAGGCUGUGGAAGACCUGUGUCGAGCACCACACGUUCUUCAGGUUGGUGUCUCCAGAGGCCCCCCCGAAGAAGUUCCUAGGUCUUGGUUCUAAGUUCCGCUACAGCGGUAGAACCCAGGCUCAGACCCGGAGAGUCUCCUCUCAGAUCAUCAGGGCCGCGCCCAUCUUCGAACGCUCCUCCUCCAAACGCUACACCAUGUCGCGCAGCCUGGACGGAGCGCCCGUAACAGAGAACCACGACACCCUGAUGAGGGAAGCCACGCCCGCCAAAACUGUCGCCGCUGGAGACCUGAUCACCACGGUAACGCCGGAGAAGAAGGCGGAAGAGGAGAAGGCCGAGGAAGAGGAGGGACAGACCGACGCUACAGAGACGUCAGAUCCUAAUGUUCCCUCAACCCCCCUCAGACACGACAACAAGUGCCUGUAUUCCCGUGACCCCCUCCGCUCUGAGCUCUCCCUCCCUUCCUCCCCCGUGGCCUCCACUAAGGUCCGUCGGCGGCGCAGGGAGAACGCGUCCCGUAAACGUUGUGCGUCCGUCAGCCCGGUUAAAUCCUCUGCGGGGUGCCGUAGGCGCCAGGCCAAAGCGGACCGCGCCGCCGCCCUCCUAGAGGAGCAGGUGUUACUCCUGUCGGCCCGGAAACAGCGUCUAGAACAGCUGAAGGCCCACGGGAGGCGGGGCGGCACUCUGUUCUCCUUCUCCCUGCACCUCCCCGACCUCUCCUCUUACCUAGACGAGGAUGGCUACCUCACCUUCCCCGACAUCACGGAGCUCACCUUCCUCCCCGAGAGCGUGCAGCACUUCCGUCCGUUCAGGUCACCCUCCCUCAUCCCCUGCUUCCUCUUCAUCUUCUUCUUCCUCUUGUCCACGUCGUUCUCGGUGCCCUACGCCCUCACGCUGUCCUUCCCGCUGGCGCUGUGUCUGUGCUACCUGGAGCCCAAGGCGGCUUCUCUCACCGCAUCCAUCGCUCAGGGCCUGCAUCAACAUGACAGUUGUUCAGAGGAAGAGGAAGAGGAAGAUGAAGAGACGGACAGCGAGCAAACUGACUUUGCCUUUGACGGGGAAACUACGGCCACCGAGUCGGAGCCAGAAGAUGAUCAUUCUGAGAUGAGGACACAGAACACAGAGGCGUCGGAGGAGCUGCUGAAACGUCAGAGAGACGUCGGUGAACUGAAGCGCUCCUUCCUGGAGACGUCAGGUGGCGCUGAAUCCCUGGGACUGACGGAGUGGGAGAAGAGACUGUCCUCGUCUCCUCCGGCGCGCUCCCACAGCGAGGGAGUGGAGGAGGCACCCAUGAUAGAGCCACUAAACAGCCCACAGGACUCAGAGACAGAGGAAGUUCCUGCUGCUGAGGAAGAGAUGAAGCAGGAGGUACAAGCCAAUGGCAUUGAGGCUGCAGGCAUGGUGAACUCUAGUGAUGUGGGGGCGGGGACUGCAGGAGCACAGGGGUGUGGUCUGAUGACUGUAACUGACACCUUAGAAGACGUCACCAGUGACUGGACGGACAGAGAGACGGACGGAGAGGAAGACAAGUUCCUAGUAUCUCCAGAGCUGAAGAUAAGUCCAGGGACAGUCAGACAGGAAGUCUCGACAGCCAUCUUGGACAAGAGAGGAACACUCAUCAUCCUGAGGGAGAUGGAGUCUGAAGACAAAAUGGACGCCGGCAGAGACGUUACCAAGACCAACCAGGAGAAAGGAGGCGGGACUUCAGCAAGCGUUAAGGAAGGUGAAGAUGACGAGCUAGAUGGAGAUCAUCUCACCAGAUCUAAGGAGAAAUAUGCCAUAAUCGACACGAAUGAAGAUGAGACCCGUGGUGAGGUAGAUGCUGAGGCCAUGUCUAAGGAGACCAGCUACAAGAGAGAGAUAUCUCUCCACUUAAGCCAGACUGAAACCGAUGAAGAAAUGAGUGCCGUUAACUCACUGCAGAAGACUGAGGCUCCAAGUCCCUCUGAGGUCUUGACCAAGACAGUUGAAAGGUCAGAGUUCACCACCGUGUCACAUGAGAAGGUGACGGAGCUGAUUACCCAGGAUGCACCGCCAAAGAGCGAGGAAUCGUGCGGCCUGGAUGAAGCUGUGUGCGACCUAUCACAGUGGGCCUUCCCCGACGGUCAAUUUGCCACCAAACCAUCACCUGGAUCUCUUGCCGUGAGCCCGGCUGAAGAGGAGGAGGAGGAGGAGAUAGGAGGGAGCCAGGGGAUUGCUGAGACAGCACAGUCUACAGGACCUACGAAACCCGAGGCUGUGCCAGCAGUGGAGUCGACCACCAAGGAGGUACCUGUCGUCCACACGGAGACUAAAACCAUCACGUACGAGUCUUCAGAGGGUGACUACAAUGGCGAUGUGGAACCCGGUGUUCUGAUGAGCGCACAGACCGUCACCUCGGAGACCACCAGCACCACCACGACCACGCACAUCACUAAGACUGUGAAAGGAGGGAUCUCUGAGACCAGGAUAGAGAAGAGGAUUGUCAUUACAGGAGAAGCAGGAGAUAUCGACCAUGAUCAGGCUCUGGCCCAGGCCAUAAAGGAGGCCAAAGAGCAGCACCCUGACAUGUCAGUGACCAAAGUAGUGGUUCAUAAAGAGACAGAGAUCACACCUGAGGGAGAGGACUGACCCAGGAGUAAAGCCCAGGACCGUUUUUAAAAUCCCCUGGUGGAAGGGACUCCCCUCAAACCUCCAGCAUCCAACUCCCAACGUCAUGAUGGGUUUCAUUACAUUACUGUGCCUGCCUGCUGGCCCUGUUGUAAACUACAGUGGAGACUACACAGGCCAGCCUAUUGUUCUACAGACAGUCUUGUUCUAUAGAAAUACCUUCUAUAGAGCGGGCUUCCCCGUUCAAGUCAAUGAUGGCAUAAUAGAUUCUAAUUCUAAUAGAUUCUAAUUCUAUGCUCUGCGCUCUCUAUGGUGCCGUUCCUAAUCUGAGCUCCAUGUGCUUACCUUAGCUUUACUGCCUAAAUUGUGAUAUCAACGGAAGAUUAAAGUCAAAAAGAGGUAGUUGAGAUUUAUGCCUAUCGUCAGUCCCAUCCGUCAUUAUAAAAAAUAAAAUGUAUAUUUGCAUGAGCAGAAUUAUUAUUAUUAUAAUAAAAAUAAAAUGAUCAAGAUUUACUGUGAGAUAAUAAACGAACAGGCUAUUAAAUCACUUGAACUCUCGCUGAACUCUACAACAGGCAGGUUGAUUUCAUUCACCGUCUUACUAUCUAUUUAAGAUUAUAUUAUAAACUGUCUUUUUUUUUUUCUUUUUUGGUCAGCGUUCUUUAUUUUAUUUAUGAAAUGAAAAAUCCAUCACUCCGAGAGAGAAAAAAAAAAAGAAGUUAAAACUGGCUGUAGGCUUUAUGUGACCUAUUAGAGCACACGACAAUAUUGUUACUCUAAUGACUUAGUAGAUGGUAGAAGUGCCGACCUCAAUGCCGCCUCACUCCACUCCCAUCGUCUCAGAUAGAAAUACAUUUUAAAUCCACUUUUACAACAAUGUCCUGUAUGUGUUGUCCUGGGCAACAGCAACUGCAAACAAAGGCAGAUUAUAUCGUCUAUAUUCAGCAACAAAUUAUUUUAUUCAUGUUGUAUUCUAUAUUUUUUUUUGUUUUUUCUGAACAUUUUGUCAGUUAUUCUUUAUUCAAACGUUGUAGCAUUAUUUCAAAAUAGCCUGUGUCCCAGAUCUACAUCACCCAUUGAGCGACAUGGAGAUGGCAUGAUGGCACUAUCCGACUGGCACCCAGGCUAUAUUUGAGACGGUUGACAGAUUGUUUAAAAAAACACUUUCUAGAUGGGGGUUACAUAGUUUGUGCCCAGGCUAUGUUUGAGACAAUGACAAGUCUGUUUUUAAAAAACACUUUCUAGAUGGGGGGGGGGGGGGGUUACAUAGUUUGUGCCCAGGCUAUGUUUGAGACAAUGACAAGUCUGUUUUUAAAAAACACUUGUCUCGAUGUGGGUUUUACUUGUAUUGUUGUGAUCUAUCUGCAAACGGACACAAAUGGUAUACAUUCUCCUCUGUAUUAAUUAAUGGCUGGACUACAGUUCCCACAAUUCUGUGCGUGACUGACUGAAAGGCCCAGGACUCAAACUAACAAGACUGCUCUGUCCAGAUGAACAUAUUUUGGUCUGAAAUAACACCCUAAUCCUCUAUAUAGUGCACUACUUUUGACCAGAGCCAUAUGGGAUUCACUAUAAAGGGGAUAUGGUGCUAUUUGUGACUCAUCCAAAGACAAGUAUUUGAUCUGAUCUGUCAGUCAAUCAGGUGAAUGUCUCAGAAGCCGUAAUAGUUCUGUUCUAUCAGUGUCAUAGUUGCUUCUAGACACUGAUCUUGGGUCGGUUUUGCAUUUUCCCUACUAUGGCUAAGGUUGGGAUUGGGUGGGGGGUCUAAUUUUGAAUUGAACCUUUAUUGUACUUGGCAAGUCAAUUUAAGAAAAAAAAUCUUAUUCACAAUGAUGGCCUACCCCAGCCAAACCCUUCCACAAACCCAGACGACGCUGGGACUCCCGAAUCACAGCCAGUUGUGCUACAGACCCGGGUCUGUAGUGACGCCUCCCUUAGACCUCUGUGCCACUCGGUCCCCAAAAGCUGAUCUAAGCUGAUCCUAGAUCGGUACCUAAAAGGUAAACUUCACCCCAGAGCCAGUAUCAUCAAUAUAUAACUAUAUAUAGCUACAACCAAUCAUGAUGUUCCAGCACCAACAGAACGUGGAAUCGUACAAAGUGGCAAAUGCAUAUUAUUGUGAUUUUUUUCUUUUUCUUUUCUUGAAUAAAAUAUUGAUUAUAUUAUUCUGAA